CAAAACAAAAUUUAAUAAACAGCUGCUCGAGCUGUCACAUAUAAAGCGAUAUUCGCUUUCGUUAUCAAAUUUCUACAUUAAUUUCAAUCUUCCUGGCGUUUUUAUAGAAUUUAUCGGAAUGCAUAGAAGUGGUGGAGUGUGUUGCUUGAAACAAUUCGUUAAGCAUGCUUCGAGCAUGGCUGUAAAACAGUCCGGUGCGGUGUCCCAGAACCACUGCAUGCAGCUUGUUAGACAGUAUGACAAGGAGAACUUUCUCUGUACGUUGCUGCUCAGCAAUCCGCACCGUCGCAGUGCUCUUGCCAUUAGAGCAUUCAAUGUUGAAAUUGCUCGUAUCACCGGUUCUGUGUCCGAUGAUCGGAUUGGACAGAUGCGACUAAAAUUUUGGGAAGAAACUGUCGAUAAAUUGUAUAAGAAUGAUUUGAAGCAUGUUCCAGAUCAGCCGGUGAUUCGAGAGAUCAAGAAAGCUAUCGAUGACCACAAGCUUACCAAACGGUACUUUCAACGGAUUAUCAGUUCUCGACUGAAUACUAAUUUACGGUUUGUGACGACUAAACAGUUAGAGGAAUACGUGGAUGACUCCGUUUCCACUGUGCUGUAUCUGGUGCUAGAAGCUCACGGGGUAAGAAAUGUUCACGCCGAUCACGUAGCUUCCCACCUGGGCAAAGCACAGGGAAUUAUAAAUUUGCUGCGAUCGAUUCCCUGUCAGGAACGGCGAAACGUCGUACCGAUACCGCAGGAAAUCCUGAUGCAGCAUGGUGUUAGUCAGGAGCGUGUUCUGCGAAACCAAAAAGACGACAAAGGUGUUGAGGAAGUGGUUUUCCAGCUGGCUGGAGUUGCUCAUCGGCAUCUUGAGCACGCGCGGAAUCUUUGGGGAUCGGUUCCGAAACAGGUGAGGCCAGUAUUUCUUCCCGCUGUUGCCACGGGGCGGUUUUUGGAACGAUUGAGGCGGGCGAAUUUUCAUCUGACCGACCCGAGGCUGGCGCAAAGUGAUUUCCUACUGCCUCUGUUGUAUUAUUGGAGUUAUUUUCGGGGGAAAGUCUAAAAACGCAUAUGGUUGAUAUAAUUUUAGUGCCUAGUCAAAACCCAAUUAUGUGAUAUUUUUCGAUUGAAAUAAUGCGAAAGAAUUCCUUGAACGUUUUAGAGAAAUGAGCUAGAAGUUCCAGGUACAACCUUGACAAUGUUUAUGGGAAGAUUGGUCUUAAAUAACAUACCAGAACAGUUUAUUCCAGUUAAAGCAUGUGUAAGAUUUACUAUCGUCUUGCGUCUGAAAUCAGUAAUUCGUUAAAAACUUUGUAUUCCUGUAUUCGACACUUGUAUU